AUGAUCCACAAGCUCGCUCGAGCUCGUGCUUUCGAAUCCGUGGAAAGCCUUCUUACCCAGUUACGCCAAUCCAGCAUCAAAUGCGGAGAAAAUCUCUUCAUAACCGUGAUUCGAAACUACGGCAUUGCAAGUAAACCCAAACAAGCCCUUAUCACUUUCUUGCGCAUCAAAGAUUUUGGUGUCGCAACAUCGGUGAGGUCAUUUAAUACGCUUUUGAACGCUUUCAUUCAGAAUAAGAAGUAUGAUUUGGUCCACACUCUGUUCAAGAAUUGUCGGAAAAAAUUCAGUAUUAUACCCAACGUGUUUACUUGUAAUAUUUUGUUGAAGGCUUUCUGUAAGAAUGAUGAUGUAGAGGGUGCAAUUAGGGUUGUGGAUGAAAUGCACGCAAUGGGAAUGGUGCCGAAUGUGGUGACUUAUACUACUAUAUUAGGUGGGUACGUGUCAAGAGGCGAUAUGGUGGGUGCUCAGAAGGUAUUUGAUGAAAUUCUUGAUAGAGGGUGGUUACCUGAUGCGACAACGUAUACGAUUUUGAUGGACGGGUUUUGCAAUCAAGGGAAGCUGAUCAAAGCUGUGAAAGUGAUGGAUGAGAUGGAAGAGAAUGGGGUUCAUCCGAAUGAUGUUACUUAUGGAGUGAUGAUUGAGGCUUUUUGUAAAGAAAAGAAAUCAGGCGAAGCAGUUAAUUUGCUUAAUGAUAUGCUUGAGAAUAAGUAUAUACCUAGCUCGGUACUUUGUUGUAAGUUGAUUGAUGUUUUGUGCGAGGAAGGCAAGGUUGAAGAGGCAUUUGUUUUUUGGAAGAAGCUUUUGACAAAGAAUGUUACUCCUGAUAAUGUGAUAUCGAGCACGCUUAUACAUUGGCUUUGUAAGAAAGGGAAGAUUUGGGAAGCGAGGAAGUUGUUUGAGGAAUUUGAGAGGGGUUCCAUUCCUAGUGAAUUGACUUAUAACACGCUUAUUGCUGGAAUGUGUGAGAGGGGAGAGUUAUGUGAGGCGGGGAGGUUGUGGGAUGACAUGGUGGAGAAGGGGUGCGUGCCUAAUGCUUUUACUUAUAACAUGUUGAUUAAAGGAUUUUGUAAAGUUGGUAAUGCGAUAGAGGGAAUCAGAGUGCUGGAGGAGAUGAUGGACAAAGGGUGUCUACCGAACAAGUCCACUCACUCUAUUUUAAUCGAGGGGCUUACUGAAUCAGGAUCGCAAGAAAACAUUUCCCGGAUACUUUUCAUAGCUGCUUCACAUAAACAAGGAAUUGAUACCGAUUAUUGGGAAGUUUUUCUACGCAAGUUAGUUGCAAAUCUCAGUAAGGGGGAAGCCAUUUUCAAUAGAGUACUACUGGAGGACACCAAUGAGGCAUUAAACUCUUAG